AUGCGCCCAUUCGCGAACUUCGUCAACUCCGCCCGCGGCAAGAAAGCCGAAAAGGGCAAUCCCAGUAAUGAUGGCACCCCCAAGACGGUGACAUACUGGGAUGAAGAGCGUAACGAGAAGCGGCCCGAGUGCGUCGAGUGUCAGGAAAUCCUCCAUAGGGGACCUCCGUGCAGUUGUAACUUGUGUGGCGCUUUUAACCUGGAAGUUUUGUGCGAUGACGAUGCCAGAAUGACGAAGGCAAAGCCCCCCGGCGGAGGCAGUAGCAGCAGCAACAGCAAGAAGGACGACAAGAAGAACACCAACAGCAAGAAGGACGACAAGAAGAACACCAACGCCAGCGGUAGCAGUACUGUGCAGGAGGAGGGCCAGCUGGAUAAGGAUUGGCAGCAUAUUAUGAUUUAUCGCCCGGGGAAGGAUCUUGUUCCCGAAUCCCAGCGGUAA